AUGUCGUUUGUGGACACUCUGCGACAGUGGGACGAGGCUGUGACUUUUGUGGAUGAAAAGAACCUGCCAGAAGCACUCAGAAUAUUCCUGGCCAUAGAGGAACCAAACUCCAAGAUUUAUUUCAACAUUGGCUGCCUCCAUCUUCUCAAUAGUGAUUUUGAUGCAGCAGAAAAGGCUUUUGAUGGCAGCAUACGCAAAGACGAACACCUGGCUGUGGCCUUUUUUCAAAGAGGAAUUACUUUCUACAAAAAGGAAAGGUUUGAGGAGUGCUUGGGAGACUUCACGAACGCUUACAAAGCACUCCGGGGAAACCAGCUGAUCGACUACAAAGCUCUCGGUCUGCGGUACAAGCUGUUUGCGUGUGAGGUUCUUCACAACAUGGCUUUAGCUGAAGCUCAUUUGGGAAACUGGAAAAACGCCCAAGAAAACCUGUUGAAGGCUCAGGACUACAGAACCGAGAGCAAACUCAACCUCAUCGACAAAGCCUUUCAGUCUAUUCUGAAACAAAAGCUGUUCAAACUUGUGGAGUUCACAUCCGCCGAGCUUUUCAGGCCCAAUAAGAACUAUGUGAAGGAGCUGGAGAAGAAAGACUAUCUGGGGAAAGCAAAGAUUGUAGCUUCAGUAAUUCCACAGGAUAAGUUUUCUGGCUUUGCACCAUUACAGCCGCAGGUGCAAGAUGGCCCUGUGACGCCCAAAGAACCCGAAGUCUUUAAGGCUUUGGAAGGAAAACCCCACAUUGUUUUAUUCGAGUUCAUUCCUGAAACCAGUGAUGAGUUGGCCGUCGUCCCAGGAAAUGUUGUGUUCGUGCUUCAAAAAGGGGAAGACAACUGGGCGUCAGUGGUUUUCAACGGACGAAAGGGACUUGUUCCUCUCAAUUACCUACAACCUUUGGAUAUUUCACCCACUUCUAAAAAACCUGAGAUUAUACCCAGAUCUCCGUCACAUGAGCCACCAAAAAGACCUAAACGAACAGGUGAUCAAAGUCCCAAUCAGAAAAGCAGAGCAAAUAAAAAAUUGGACACGCAAUCUUCAGACAACUGUAUCGUCAAAAUCCACUUCAACUUUACCUUUGCCAUAGCAGUCCCGCUCGGGUCGACUUAUCAAGUGCUCAUCAACAAAAUAAACUCUAAGUUGAAACUUGAAACAACAUCUUUGACAUUGAGUUUGACCCCAGAGGCGACAGAGGACAGCAUCAUCGACGCAGACACAGACAUGAAAAGUGUGUGGAAUCGGGCCAAAGCAGGACACCUCACUAUGUGGUGUAAAAUCUAUGAGCCACCUCACAAAACACAAAUCUGCUUCAGUGCUCUUUACACUUACGAGUCGUCAAAUCCAGAGGAUCUUAGUUUUCGAGAAGGGGACAAGAUUGUGUUACUGUCGAGAAUUAACAAGGAAUGGAUUGAAGGCCAGUGUGGUGAGAAUACGGGAAUAUUUCCAGCAUCUUUUGUCGAGGAGCUACUGAUCCCUGAGCAGCCAGAUCAUUAA